UGUAGUUUUUUUUUUUUGAAGAUCGGCUAAGUAAAAUUGUCAGCGAUGAGCUUGCAGUGGAAAAAAUCAAAGGUCGACGAGAUUAGAAUGUGUGAGAAUUUUCGCUAUUGCAACGACGCAGGACUGAAGAAGAGCACCAUGACGGAACCAAACGAAUGCUUAUAUGAUGAAUCAGGCAAGGUAAAGGAUGAGGGGGGAGAUGACGAAGAGGGUAGAGAAGAAGGGGGAGAUGGCGAAAAGGGUAGAGAAGAAGGUGGAGAUGACGAAGAGGGUAGAGAAGAAGGGGGAGAUGACGAAGAGGGUAAGGAAGAGGAGGAAGAGAAGGAAGAGGAGGGAGAGGAGGAAGAAGAAGAAGCAGAAGAAGGGAAGGAAGAAAAAGCAGCAGAGGAGGGGUUAGAUGACUGGGUGGAUGGUGUAGAAGAAGAUGUUGGCGGGGAGGGUGAUGGCGAUGAUGAUGGGAAUGAUGAUGAUGGUUGCGGGAAUGCUGAUGACGAUGGCGGUGGGGAUACCGGGGGUGGUGGCAGUGGUGGGGGAGGAGGUGGUAGUUGUGAUAGUGGUGGGGGAGGAGGUGGUAGUGGUGAUGGUGGUGGUGGAGGAGAAGGUGGUGAUGGUGGUGGUGAUGGCGACAGUGAUGAGGGAGACACCAUUUCGAGAGCAAUAGCCGCAUUGGUCGGAUGUUGGCCUUCAUCAGCUACAGCAACCUCAACAGCGUAUACAUUACUUGUCACUGAUGGACCAUUCUCUGGUUGGGCUGGUGUAUCCACAUUGGCGUUUGCAAGUUCAGCAAGAGUAACAGUAGGGGGUAGACCCGUUGUGUCAUGCUGUGUGGAGGGUUGAUGCCGCCUGCAACCAUAAUUGGUGUUC